GUGAUUCCCACUGUGUUCUCUUUUGGUGUGAAGUCUACGUUUAACAUUGUGUGCUGUGCUGUUUUUCAGAUCUGUCCUGCUGUUCUCUAACUGCUGAUUUCACGUGUUACAACUGUGUAGUUUCCCACCGUACUCCUAUAAAUGUCGAUAAAAGGUGGGGAUCGGUUAACUUAUUUUAUGGCUCAUGUCCGGGAUUUCUUUAUGGGAAGGAAAUAUAAUAAUUGUCUUAGAUAUGCUGAACAGUGCUCGAAACGAACUCAACCACUUGCUUAUCUUCCCAACGGCAUAAAUGACAAAAUAUCACAUAAUGAUUACUUUGCUCGAGAUGGGCGACGCGAAGUUAGGAAAUCUGUUGAUAUUUAUGUUUCUGGCCUAAAAAGGCUUGAAGAUAGGUCUAAGCGUCCAAAUGUUCUAUCAAAAUCGAUUGAUGUUGUCCCGGGACAAAAGUUUGACUGGGAUAAACCAGUAGAAUCAAAAUGAACUAAAUCAUUUGGUUUCUCUCGCUCCAACUAUUCAGUAUUUGGGUACAUAAAGUGAUUUUGAUUCAUUUCACCUAACGUUAAGUGUUUUUUCCCGUUCUAGACAUCAUCCAUUAAGCAUUAUAUAGCCCUUUGUUACUCGUAGUAACGUAAAAAGUAUGUAUAUUUCAUAUUUUGGUCUUACCUUUUUUCUAUAUAGUUAUUGUUAGUGGUUUUGAUGAUACGUAAUUUACGUCCAUCCAAGACAUGGAUUUGACGUUUGUUGAUUGCCUUUGUUAAUAAAAUAGUAAUAGUGUCUUUCGUAGUAUCUAAUUUCCCAAGACAAUAUUUUGUUUGGAAUUCAGUAUGCUAAUGACUACUUUCUUUUUGUUUUAAGCAUUAUAUGGGUGGUCGGUUA